GUAAGCAAGAAGACGAAGAGAAACAGAAAACGUGCAUCUUCUUCGACUUCAAACCCUCAAGCCUCUCCUUCUCUUCUUCCCCUUUCACUCAAAACCCCUAAACUUCAAAGAUUUCUCGAUUAAAUUUUUGAUUAUUCCCCCGUUAAAUUGAAUUUCUGUUCAUUAAAAAUUCGAAAGUGUUUUUGAGAAAGAGAUGACUGUUUUAUUGGAUGAAUUGAUUCGUUCAUUAGAGAUAUGGUUGAAGCUAAUCAAAGACAAGAAACCUAAUGUUAACCCUAAUCUCGAUCCUGUAUUGCUAGUACCUGGUAUUGCUGGUUCUAUACUUAAUUCUGUUGAUGAGAAUGGUGCUCAAGAACGUAUUUGGGUACGAUUUCUAGGUGCUGAUCGGGAAUUUAGGAACAAGCUUUGGUCGAUGUUUAAUCCUACUACGGGUGAAACACUGUCGUUGGAUCGCAAUUCGAAAAUUGUUGUGCCAGAAGAUCGAUAUGGGCUGUAUGCGAUUGAUUGCUUGGAUCCUGACUUGAUUGUUGGACGUGAUUUCGUUUGUUAUUUCCAUGCAAUGAUUGUGGAAAUGCUCAAGUGGGGUUUUGAAGAAGGAAAGACACUGUUUGGGUUUGGCUAUGAUUUUCGUCAAAGUAAUAGACUUCAGGCAACAAUGGAUCGCUUUGCUGCUAGAUUAGAGUCAGUGUACAGUGCUUCUGGAGGGAAGAAGAUAACUAUAAUAAGUCACUCUAUGGGAGGUCUUUUGGUGAAAUGUUUCAUGAGCCUGCACAGUGAUAUAUUUGAGAAAUACGUGAAGAACUGGAUAGCAAUUGCUGCACCAUUUCGUGGUGCACCUGGAUAUAUUACAACCAGCCUACUGAAUGGAAUGUCCUUUGUCGAGGGAUGGGAACAGAAUUUUUUUAUAUCAAAAUGGAGCAUGCAGCAACUGUUGAUCGAAUGCCCAGCUAUAUAUGAAUUGAUGGCUUGCCCAAAUUUUGAUUGGCAAUGCCAUCCUCUUCUGGAGAUAUGGAAAGAGAAGCAUGAUAGCAAUGGCAGUCCGAAAGUUAUGCUGGAGUCAUAUAAACCAGCAGAAGCCAUAUCUAUAAUGAAGGAAGCUCUUUCGAGUAACACGGUUAAUUAUAAUGGUGUGGAUGUCACAGUGCCGUUCAACUUAGACAUCCUAAAAUGGGCUAAUGAAACUCAGAAGGUCUUGUCAUCUGCGAAGGUUCCUAUUCAAUGUAAAUUCUACAACAUAUAUGGGACCAGUAAUGAUACUCCUCAUAGUGUUUGCUAUGGGAGCGAGCAAACACCCAUUACGGAUCUUCAUCAGAUCCUACCAUUAAAGGGUAAGUACGUAUGUGUUGAUGGUGAUGGAACAGUUCCUGUGGAAUCUGCGAAGGCUGAUGGCCUUAAUGCCGAGGCAAGGGUUGGAGUUCCUGGUGAACACAGGGGGAUUAUUUGUGAUCGGCAUGUAUUUCGUAUACUGAAGCACUGGCUCAAGGCAGGAGAUCUUGACCCCUUCUACAAUCCCCUGAAUGAUUAUGUGAUCCUGCCAACUGCUUUUGAAAUUGAGAAGAAACUCCACCUCCAAGAAGAUAUUAAAAGAGGGGGUGGCCUGCCUAAGGUAGUAGUAACUUCUUUGAAAGAAGAGUGGGGGAUAAUCCCAAAAGACUACGAUAGCAUCCAAGAUGAGGAAGAUAUACAAGGAGUCACCACUAGUGAAAAUGAAGCACCAUUAUUGAAAGCGUCCGUAUCUGUUUCUCAUGUUGGAUUGAAGGAGGUGAAACAAAACCACGUUGAACUUAGAGGGGGUGGUGGAGGGGCUUUGAGUGUUGUAUGCACAUCCACAGCCACGGCCAUGGCUAACUAACCAAGUUAGUCCUACUAUGAUUGGGGCUGUGAAAGAAGGUUACCCAUCUUGCCCACACUUCUUCCACAUGGCCCGUCCACAUGUAAAUAAAAAAUGAAAGCUGUUUCGAGGCAUGCACAAUUAUUUGCCUAGGUGUUCCGCUGUAUGUAAAUGACCAUGCUACCCUUAUAUAAUUGACUAAUCAUAAUAUGAUAAAUCAUUGAUCGUCGAUUCAAAACACAA